AUGGAUAAUGUUGAUUUAAUUGAAGAAUUAGUAACUCGUUGUAAUCAAUAUGAAGUCAAGAUUAUCACUUUACGCGAUACAAUUGUACACAAAUCAAGGGAACUUGUUUCAAGCAUACGUAAAUUUCGAGAGUUGGACAGACUUGCAAAGGAAUUGGAUGAAAGCAUUUCGGUGACUAAAUCCAGAUCAACAAAAGAAAUGGAAGAAACUAUUAAUGUGGCAGAUCAAACUACUCAAGGAAUAGCGGAUAGAUUAAAUUUAAUUCGAACAAGGAUUCGUGAUAAAAGUGAAAGGUUAAAGCAACAUCAACAACUUUUGACAACUUUGAAAAUUCAAGUUGAAUUAGAAAAAAGAUCUUCUAAUAUUCCUGCUAUAUUUAGAAUGGUGUUAGGAGUUUUUACCUUGAUUAUGAUAAGUGUUUCAGCACUUGCGGUUAAAAGGUGGGUUAUUAAUAUUUAG